CCUCAGAGCUGGCACCUCCUACUGGGCCAUGGGUCUCCUCCACCUGCUGCUGCUGCUGUUGCUGGAACUAGCAGGCUGGGGAUGGGCUGGCAGCCUCCCUGAGAUGCUGAAGGCCCCGGAGGGGACCUCCAUUCAGGUGCAGUGUCAUUACCGGCCCCAGGAUGCCAAGGUACGGAAGGUCUGGUGCAGGAUCUUGCCAGAGGGGUGCCAGCCGGUAGUGUCCUCCACAGUGGAUCGCAGGGUCCCAAAGGGCAGACGCACGUUUCUCACGGACCUGGGGGGCGGCCUGCUCCAGGUGGAGAUGGUCAACCUGGAGCAGGAGGAUGCCGGGGAGUAUGGCUGCAUGGUGGAGGGGGCCUCAGGGCCCCAGAUCGUGCACACAGUGGCUCUGACAGUGCUCCCUGUGGAAGUGGCAACACACAGGGUGGACCUUUCAAGCAGUGCCAGCUCCGAGAGACCCAGCAUGGAUGACAUGAGCAUCCCCUUGCUCUGGGGUGCAGUGUUCCUGCUGGGCCUGCUGGUGGCUGCAGUGGUGGUGUUGGCUGUGAUGGUCAAAAGGAAAGGGAGCAGAUUUGGUUCUUGUGGCCGAUUCCAGAACUGCACAGUCUCAAACAUGGACCCCUCCUCAGAGGUCCACCACAUCAGUGAUUCUGGACUGGCCGUAGCUUUGCCCUCGGAUAUGCCCUAUGUCAGGCUUGACUCACCACCUUCCUUUGACAACACAACCUACACCAGCUUUCCACUUGACCCUCCAUCAGGAAAAUCCCCACCCUCAGUUCUAUCCUCAUCUCCCCCUCUGCCUCCUAAGGCCUCAAUCUGCUCCAGUCCUGUGACACAUACCACUACUAUCAUUUCUGGAGGGGACCAGGGUGGAGGGAUCUCCUGUGAGUCAGCCAAGGAUCUGCCGAGUAGCCUGGGUCCACCCAGCUAAGCUACUCACCACUCUGCAUGGCUUAGAGGCCACCCCUGGCCUUAUAAAAUCAUCCAGCCAUCACCAGAUCUUAAGGUAGCAGAGUAGCUCAGGGACUUUCGGAUUUAAUCUAAUGUCUUGACUUUCCUGAUCUGGAAAGUGACACUUGGAUAUAACUGAGGUGUCUUGGGAAGCCUUACAUACUGGUUCCUCUGCCAUUAAACCACUCAGCUAAAUAAAAACUAAGUGAUUAUA